AUGCGUGACAUGGUCGGCCAAGGUCCGAAGCAUCGAGGGCAAGGCCCCCGUGAUGUACGUGCGGUGGCACGUAAAACACUGAGCACUGCUCUCGAUGUGAAGCAGUCGCUGCAUGCCAUUGAUGGCGUGGUCGGACAGAGUCCGAUGCAUCUGGGGCACGGCCCUUCAGAUGCGCGUGAGGUGGCACGUUAUCCGCUGGAACAAGACUGCGGGGUUAGCAGCUCUUCGUCGGAUGUUGUAGAUAACAUCGGAGCUCCAAAGGAGCGGACAGUGAGGGUGACACUGGACGACGCGGAAUGCGUGUUCACCCUGGUCUCACCGAGACAUAAAACUUCUGUACAGAGGCGACGGCGACGCCGUAUGCUGGCUGCAAAGCGCCGAGCGUCGACCCUGAUCCAGGGUGUGUCUACCAUAGACGAUGGUGCACAGAUAUACACCCUCGUCAGUGGUACGACGAGGGAGGAAGAUGGCGACGUCCGCCUCGAGGCUAUGCCUGCAUUAGAUGCACUUCUUGAGCUGGACGAAAUGUCCCUUGAAGAGUUCAACAGUUCCUUGAAGGCCGGCGCUUUUGCCGAAGUGGUCAUUGUACGACCGGACGAGGAGAUAAACUCAUCAUCACUUCUGGAUGAAGCUGUCUUGGAGGACACCAAGAGAGUGCUGAACGCACGGAGUGGAUCGUCGAUCCUACGAAAUCCCUUGGAUCCGUACUUUCCUUUGGUAAAGGGAUUUCAAGACGCCGUCUCCACAGACCCGCCUUCGGUCCAACCUCCGGACCGAGGUGUGCGUCAUGAGAUCGACCUGGUUCCGGCAACCAAAUGCUGCGUGACUCGUCAAUGGUCCCCGCACAAGGAGCAGUGUGACGUCAUUGAAGCCUUUUUCGGUGCGAAACAGGACGAAAAGAUGGUACGUGAGAGCAAGUCUCCCCAUUCGACACCCACGUUUUGUGUUCGGAAGCCAAACGGCAAGUGGUGUAUCGUUCAUGCUUACAAUAAGCUCAACGCUGCCACCAUUCCGGCAUAG